AUGUCGACGCAGAUUCAGGUGACCCCCGAGCAGGUGCUACAGUUCAGCGGCCCCACCGACGGCUUUCUCUGCCCCAUUGCUGCCAACACCUACAACAUCGAGUUCUACCGAUUCACCAUCCGCGACAUGGUCUCAAACCGAAAACUCUUUGAGGUCGAACGCGAACCCAACGACUACCCGUCAAUCGAGUCCAUCGCGCAGCUGCCGGAGGAUGAUCAGCGGAUGCUGCGCAGCAUCUACUACAAAUUUCCGCCCUCUAUGCUGCGGCAAAAGACCGUCGGUGCGAAACUCGUGUUCGGCAUCAACGGUGAGACACCUGUGCCGAGCUUCCGCAUUAUUGAGCGGCAUUACUUCCGCAACACACUGAUCAAGUCAUUUGACUUCGCAUUUGGCUUCUGCAUUCCGCACUCGACCAACACAUGGGAGGCCAUCUACGACAUGCCCGCGCUCACGGAAGAGUGGAUCAAGGCGAUCAUUGAGAACCCGAAUGAGACGGUCAGCGACAGUUUCUAUUUCGUUGACGGGAAGUUGGUGAUGCACAACAAGGCGUACUACGCAUACAACGCACCAGAGACGGAGUACUACAACGAUGGUGGAUUGUGA